AACGAGAGAGAGAGAGAACGUGCUGGUCAAACUUUCAGUUUAGUUGGCAUUGGCAAUGGCGAUGGCUUGAAGCUGCGUGAUUCCCCUUCGGAGACAGCGGCAAUCUCCGAGCAAAAAUGAACAACCGGUCUCGAUCGCACGCGAUCGUGUCCAACUUCGUCUCCGUGCACCCUCACGAGACCUCUCCUCUGCUCCAUUCUUCCUCCUGCUUCUUCUUCAUUCUGAGCGCCUACUUCAUGGUGCUUCCGCUGCGCGACGAUGGCGCGAUCUCUCUCGGGCUGUCGAAUCUCCCCGGCCUUUUCGCCGGGUCGUUGGCGCUCACUUUGGUCGCUGCCCCUGUUUCGACUCUCAUCUUCUCUUUGCCCAAUCUCUCGAAAGGCAAGGCUCUGGUUUUGAUUCACAGGUUCUUCAGCAUAUCACUUGUCAUAUUCUUCACUCUAUGGCUAUUUUCCUCGCCUGGGUUUUCACUAUCCAUAUGGAAGGGGUCUGUUGCUUUGUCCUCUACAACAGAUGAGCAGGCAGGAGUUGAUAUCAAUCAUGCCAGUCCAUCAUCUCCUGCAGGUGGGAAGGAAUAUGGAUGGUUUUACGUGUCAGUUAGAGUGGGAUUGUUCCUUUGGGUUGCUUUGCUUAAUCUUAUCACUAUUUCAUCAACUUGGGCUAGAGUGAUUGAUGUGAUGGACAGCGAGUCAGGUUCAAGACUCUUCGGUUUCAUUGGUGCGGGUGCUACACUAGGCCAGCUGUUUGGCUCUCUGUUUGCCACGCUAAUGGCCCGGUUGGGUCCGCUGUUGCUUCUCUUUGCUUCCGUUUUUCUGGAACUUGCUGCACAAUCGGCGAAAGGGAUCGACCAAGAGUUACCUCAUUGUCCUGAAGAGUUAUCUCCCAUCAGAAAAAUUGAUCCUGAUCAACAAAAGGACUCCAAUGGAAAGACCGAACCUGCUGUUUCUUCUCCCACAUCAGCUACUACAGCAGUGAAGCCUCAGCUUUGGGCUAUUUUAGAUGGAUUCUGGCUUAUUUUAUCCUCCACAUAUCUGUUAUAUGUCUCGUUAUUUCUCUGGCUGAGUGCAGUUGUCUCAUCAUUCUUCUAUUUUCAGAAAGUUACUGUGAUAGCAAUGGCUGUUUCAAGCUCAACUGACCGGAGAAAAUUGUUUGCCCAGAUUAACAGCUUCAUUGCCAUCUUCAUACUUGCAGGCCAACUCACACUGACGGGUCGCAUUCUUGCUGUUGCUGGGGUUACUGUUGCUAUUUGUUCUGCUCCUAUAGUUGCCUUGUCAAACUUGGUCGUGGUUGCAGUUUGGCCUACUUGGGUAGCAAUUGCAAUUUCUGAGACCUUGCGAAAGGUUGUCUCAUAUGUUGUUACAAGGCCCGGAAGAGAACUUUUGUUUACUGUAGUCUCACAGGAUGAGAAGUACAAAGCUAAGGUAUGCAUAGAUGUUAUUGUCCAGAGAUUAGGUGAUGCAACAGCAGCUGGAAUGUUUAAGUUGCUUUUUGGCUCUCUCAAUGGGAAAAUAUCAACAGUCUCCUUAUACGCCUUGCCUAAUUUUAUAGUGGUGACCAUAUAUCAUGAUGUUCAAGCUCAUCUUCUCAACGGAAGCAUCAAGUAAGCUCGGCCUCAAUGUACACAGUGGAACACUUUCAGGUUGCAUCCUCAAUGGCUUGGAGCUUCAGAGCCAGCAAAUGCUCCUCGAUGCGUCCCAUUUGCAUUUUCUGAUUUUCGAUUGGGACCACAGCCAGCUCAGGUUUAUGUUGAUGUAGACUAUGGAUUCACUUUAAUGGUUUACAAAUCAUGCCAGCAUUGAGAUACAGAACCAAAGUUGACUCUCAUGAAUUCACAUUUCCCUCUA